GUUGGGUCCGCCAUUACCAACAUCCCCAGUACCGCCAAAAUAAUGUCAUCACUAACAUCAGCCGCUUUUAACAUUAGUGAAGAACUAAGACGACAACUUGAACAUGAUUACAAAGAAGUGCUUCUUAAGAUCAAGAGGGGCUUGACGGAAGAUAGUGAAAAAGAGUUUCGAUUCUACUACACCGUCUAUGCAGAAACUAGUGACACUCUGGAACUUUUUCGCCUAUUAGAAGAUGCCCGAGAGAUUUCUUGGGAAGACGUGAGCUCGCUUAAGAACGGUUUGCGUGCAGUACAAAGAAAGGACCUUAAAAAAAUCUUAUCAGAAUUUGAAAAAAAGAGAAAUCUGACUGCUCUGGUAUAUAUGUAUGCAAGAAAACGGCAGGGCUUUGAGGAUUCUUCUUCUUGCUUCAAUUCGGUCGAACAGGCAGCUACGUAUCUCACAAAAACGACAGCGCAAGGAAUUUCUGCCAAUGGGACCUUAAAAUCAUUGCUGGAAUCGAGAAAGAGUAUCAAGAAAGUCAUAGGCGAGUUCGAUGAGGUGAUCAAACGCAAACGUUUGGAUCCGUGGAGUCAGCUUACUCUUUUGGUUGAUAUUGCUGGAGAAACCGUCGCUGAAGCCUUUGUAAUGAGCGAAGAACGUCGUCUCACGUCUGAAGAAAUCGGUAAAAUGUGUAGAAGCGCCGCUGAUGAGCUUUACUGUCGAAUGCCAGAACUGGGGACCUGGGUAAGUUGACGAAUAAGAAAUUAAAUCAUAAGAUUUUAGUUGGCAUGAUUGUAAAUGGCGUUGUAUUCGCGAUCAUAGGCGGAAGCGGAAAAUUCAUUAUAAAGCAUUGCCAAAAGAGAAACGCUCCGCUAGAGUAAGGAAAUUCGUUUCCUAUUGAAUUGUUCAGAGUAAUGUUUUAGACUUCACAGACUUGCCACAAGUAUGAUAGUCAUGAUUUAGUAUCAAGAAUCCCUCUCGUGAUUUAUCUGAUGCCAAACAGAUGCAAAAAUCUUAAAGAUACGAAGACUUCUUGUUUGUCUACCUGUACUAGUAGCCUGUAGGAUAACAAAGUCGAGAUUUCUUGCAUCAUUACAUGUGAUUCGGGCCCUUAUUGUUUGAAUUUUAUCACAUGUAUUCCAAUCCACAACGCUAAGAAAAAAAAAUCAUGAUCACACGAAAUAUUGAUUCAAAAAGCUCCCUUACCUUUAGUUCAUAGCCACUCUGUGUCCUACGGCCGCUUUUUUUUCUUAGCGUUGUAGAUUCGAAUACAUUUGAUAAAAUUCCAACGAUAAGGGCCCGAAUCACAUGUAAUAAUGCAAGAAAUAUUAACCUUCGUUAUCUUAAAGGCUACUAAUACAGAUAGACAAACAAGAAGACUUCGUAUCUUCAAGAUUUUUGCAUUUAUUUGGUAUCAGAUAAUACACUAAUAAUUCUAGUAUAUUCCGACCAAAUGACCUCUGAAGCCCGAACCCAAACAUAGUGUGCUUGGGCUGCCUGUGAUUGGGUUGGAGGCGCCUACCGACAUCGAAACCUACUUGUUUUUGUUGUAUAUUGUUUUUAUAAUUAUUCUGAUAAAGUAAGGCCCGGUUCAAACGUCGGACUUUACAUGUGCCGAACCUAAUACCCAUUUAGGUCGAUGUUCGACUGUUGAUUCAGACGGUCGAACUUUACAUGUGCCGAACCUAAUUCGUGGCGAAAAAAAAAUAUCAUCCUUACUGCUUAAAAUAGGAAAAUAUACUGAAAAAAAUAAAAGUCACCAAGCCAGGAUAUUCUUGUUUUGAUUUUAGUGUGAUUUGUGAUCUGUUGUGGCAAGGAGACAGCUGAGGAGAUCGUGAUCGUGAUAUUUGGACUAAAUAAAGUAACGCCAUAAAUUUUAAGAUACAUAACGAUUUUUUUAUGGAUAUAAAGAAAAGCAACUUUUUAAAAGACUGUUUUAAGCUGUCCAGUUUCAGUCUAAAAAUCUGCAACGUGAAUGCUGGUAACCGUUGUUACGCUUCGUUACGCUUCUGUGAGUUCUGUCCACAAAGGGGCGAAAACCCAUUGAAUAGCAAAUCAGAAGCGCGGUUAUAUUGAAAAAUACGUUAAGAUAAUUUAUGGAUGUGAAGUUCGACGUAUGAAUCGAAGUCGAUCUUUUGCCGUUCUAUUCGACAAGCUCAGUCGAGUAGAACGGCAGAGUCGACCCAAAUACAAAAGUGCAAUCCUAAUAGAUGGUUUUCACUGUGACGUCAUCAAAUUGUAAAGUCAAAAUAGCGAGGUUUUACGAAUUCUUAUUUACACUAGAUUGAAGAUAAACAAAAAGGAGAUCUUUGUACAAGUUUCCAUUUCCGUAGCAUGUUUUAUUUCGAAAAUACAGCAAGUUGAACUUCCGAGUUUUCACAGUGCGUGACACCAAAAUAGGAAUGCUGUCUCGUUGAAAAAAAGUCUGUUCUCUUGAUUUUCAGCAAUAUAACCACUUCAAGUAUUAGAGGAUAUGUUUCUGCGUACGUACGCUAGUUCUCGAGUGAAAAGAAAGAGCUUUUGUAGAAAAAGUAAACUCCAGAUGUUUUCGUUGAUUUCCGGCGGCCAUAUUGGUGCACCAAAACGGUCCACCAAUAUGGCGUCUCCAUACAGAGCUCUACAAAGGUGCGUGAAACGUUUCGCCAAAUAACUCAGAAACUAUGGGCCACAAAGACCUGAGACUUGGACAAAUUGUUUAUAUAUUAGUCUUUUAUAACUUUCAUUUU